AGCCUCAGUCCCGCCGCCGCCCGCCGCGGCCGCCCAGCUCCAGCUCCGCGUCCAGCCGCCAUGGCCACAUCCCCACAGAAGUCGCCCUUGGUCCCCAAAUCACCCACUCCCAAGUCGCCUCCGUCCCGCAAGAAGGAUGACUCGUUCUUGGGGAAACUCGGAGGGACGCUGGCCCGGAGGAAGAAAGCCAAAGAAGGUGGCGGCUACAUCUCAUCCCAGCGGUGGGAACUUGGCUUCACAACACGGCAUGCAAUGGGCUAAUCAGUACAAAGGAGAAGGGACAGUUCAGUAUCCGAGUUCCAGGAGGAAGGAAUGAACGCCAUCAACCUGCCUCUUAGCCCCAUCUCCUUCGAGCUGGACCCCGAGGACACUCUGCUGGAGGAGAAUGAGGUCCGGACAAUGGUCGAUCCAAACUCACGCAAUGACCCCAAACUUCAAGAGCUGAUGAAGGUGCUCAUCGACUGGAUCAAUGACGUAUUGGUGGGAGAAAGAAUCAUCGUGAAGGACCUCGCUGAAGAUCUCUAUGAUGGCCAAGUCCUACAGAAGCUCUUCGAGAAACUGGAGAGUGAGAAGCUCAACGUGGCCGAGGUUACGCAGUCGGAGAUCGCCCAGAAACAGAAGCUACAGACUGUGCUGGAGAAGAUCAAUGAGACCCUGAAGCUUCCUCCCAGGAGCAUCAAGUGGAACGUGGACUCUGUUCAUGCCAAGAACCUGGUUGCCAUCCUCCACCUGCUGGUUGCUCUGUCUCAAUAUUUCCGGGCACCCAUCCGACUCCCAGACCAUGUUUCCAUCCAAGUGGUUGUGGUCCAGAAACGAGAAGGGAUCCUCCAGUCUCGACAAAUCCAAGAGGAAAUAACUGGUAACACAGAGGCCCUUUCCGGAAGGCAUGAACGUGAUGCCUUUGACACGCUGUUUGACCAUGCACCAGACAAACUCAAUGUGGUGAAGAAGACCCUCAUCACGUUCGUGAACAAGCAUCUGAAUAAACUGAACUUGGAGGUCACAGAACUGGAGACACAGUUUGCAGAUGGGGUUUACCUGGUGUUGCUCAUGGGGCUCCUGGAAGGCUACUUUGUACCCCUGCACAGCUUCUUCCUGACCCCAGACAGCUUUGAACAGAAGGUCCUGAAUGUCUCCUUUGCCUUUGAGCUCAUGCAAGAUGGAGGGCUGGAAAAGCCUAAACCGCGGCCAGAAGACAUUGUCAACUGUGACCUGAAGUCCACGCUGAGAGUGCUAUACAACCUCUUCACCAAGUACCGGAAUGUGGAGUGAGACCCUGGGCUGCCUCCUGCUGCCCAGCCACUCUUCGUGAAGGCCAUCUGGACCAGCUUCCCAACAGCCUUGCCCUGCUUGCUCCUGUCUCUUGUUCCACCCUCUCCCACAAGCCCAGCAACCACCCAGAGAUAGUGGACAUUAAAAUCAGUAAGGAAGUGACCACUAACCCAGUGAACUAAUAACAUCUGUAGGCUCUGGGGACUGAACCAGCAAUGUCUUGGGAAAUUGUCUCCAUCCAAAUUCAGGCCCUAGAGGUUCCUACAUGUGCUGUGGGGAUCAACACAGCCCAGAGACAGUCCCCCUGAACAUAGGAAUAAAGAUCAGAAUUAGUCCCCACAAUAAGGGGGAGUCUCUACCGUGCUCAAGUUCAUUAGGUUUAUGUCUUAUUAAAGGAGAUCAUUCCUCCCUGUUGUAGAUGAAGAAACUGAGGCCCAGAGAUGCGAAGGUUUGCUAUCCAUUAGCAUGUAUUCUCUGGGUGACUUACUGGUUUAUGACUGGUCAACUGCAUUCCAUUCUGUGUGUGUCCUAAAAUGUGUGCAUGCUUGUUCAGACCAGCCUUACCUGCAUAUACCUGUGUCCUCUAGCAGACAAGACACUCUGAUCUCACCCUAGGGCAGGCCAGGUCAGGGCUGGGUGAUUCUCACUAAAAUUGCCAAAUUGAAUUUAACUCUAUUAAUACUGUGUGUGGCAGGAGCCUCAUCCCUCAAAUCCUUUGUACAAAUGAAAAUUACCCUUAAUUCCUUCAGAUUGGUAAUAAGCCCACGCUCCGGUUGCAAGAUGACAUUUGGGAAGCGUUCUGUUUGGAAUUAAUAGAGUGCCCAUUUCGCAGCCUUUUUGCUUGAUUGCAUGUAAUGGAUGUGCCCUAUAUUUUCCUGCAAAAUAAGUACUCAAUUCAUUAUCGUUAGGCAAAUGUAGGGUAUGCUUGCACAUGGCAAAGAGCUGGGUGCAGACCCACUGGAGCAUCGCCUGAGAAGUAGGGCUCGUCAACAGAGACCCUUGAACUUUGAGGGAAAAAGAAAAAGAACCUCCUUUUUGCCUUCUAAUUGGUCAUUUAGGCCGUUCUGGCUAAGUCUGCCCACAUGCAAUUACUGGCUAAUUCCAGGCGUGGAGAAUGUCAGUCAUUUAAGCUGAAGCUCAGCAGCUAGCUUCCUCACUCCAGUGACUCAAGGGCUGCUGCUCACGCAUCUCCUCAUACAAACCUGGCUCUGAAGGAUAGAGCUCUGCCUCUCCAGUCUGCCCCGAGGCCCUACAGAGAAAGCAGAGAGGCUAAUGGGAAAAGGAGGGUCAGACCUAAGGGAACAAGAAAUGGGGGUGAGAGAGCUGGAUACUAAUUGCUUAACAUGUAGGGUAUGCCAUCAGAGACAAAGCAGCAGGUACAGUACUUAACCCUUGUGCUCUUCUAUUGAGAAGCUAAUGGGAUAUCUUGGGAUAAUGACCCGUGCUACUGCUGUCUUCACAGAACUCAUGACAGGGAGAUGCCAGCUUGGGUUGCCUCCUCCAGAAGUGUGUAACUAUGUAAUCUAUCUUUGUCUUAGUUAUGUUUCUCAAUGGAACAUAAGAACCAGACGAGAACAAUUUACAAGAAGGAGAACUUAUUUGGGCUCAUGAUCUAAAGCCCAUCAUGGAGGGCAGGUUAAGGCAGCCAUGGCGAGAAGAGCAUACAGCCAGGACCCCUCACUUCACAUGUCAGAACAAGGAGAGGAGAGACAAGGAGUGUGGCUGAGCUGUAAACCCCAAGGCUUGACAGCUCCUCCCGUGAGGCUCCACCUCCUAAAGGAUUCAUAAUUUCUCAAAACAGUGUCACCAGCUGAGAGCCAAGUGUUCAAAAUGAGCCCGUGGGGGGGGGGGGGAGACUUUCCACAUGCAAACAGACAUCAAGUAAAGCCUUCUCUGGUUUGAGGAUUCGCUAAGAUGGCUUGCUAGACUCAGGCCUUGCAGUCGUUCACAGCAUUCCCUGCCCAUUCUUGCUUCUCUUUGUACUGAUCAUCCAGGGCAGCUCAAAACCCAGCUCCCUUAGAUCCACUGUGCAUCUCCCCAGCUGUUCUGUUCUAGGAAUCAUUAUUCGGCACAGUGAGCAUCUAAGACGUGAAGGCGAUGCACUGUCUCCCAUUGAUCUGUGUAUAAGAACGGAAUUCUUUUUUGCAUAAUUAAUGAAGGAUCAUAGUUUUUCAUUAGGAUUCAUGUUGGUCUCAUGCUCUUUUAAAUUCCUGUUAGUAAAAUGAGAUUAAUAACGGUUUGGUCUCUGUGAGCAGCACUGAAGUAGAAUAAGAAACCUUCAUCUACUUGAAGUCUGCAUCCGGGUCCUGCCUUGCCGCUCCCUGAUACUCAAGCCAUUCAUACACACUACACUUCCUAAGGGCCCUCCAUCGGAGUUUUGUAUUCUCCACAGUAGGAGGUAACUUUCUCAACAGCACAUCAGUGUACCCAACAGCUGAGUAUUGGGGCUACGGUCUUUACCUCAGCCCAGCAUCCCAAAGCUUGAGUCUGGCUUUAUAAAGCUGUUGUUGGAGAUGGAUGUUUCCGUUUAGAUUCUAGGAUGGAAUACUUAACAUACGAUUGUGGUUUUGAAGAAGAAAGAGACCUUGCCAUUAUAAGUAAUCAAACAGCCUUCAUCUCCUGAAAAAAAAAGGAGAGGAAAGAAGAAACUGAGACAAGAAUCAUUCUGGCUCACUGUUUGAGGGUACAGGGAAGGGGACAGGAGAGACAAGGCCACAGGAGUGUGACAGAGGCAGCUGGUCACAUUGUGUCUGCAGGCAGGAAGCAGAGAAAGUUGAAUGCUGUGCUCAGCCUACUGAUUUUUAUCUAGUCUGGGACCCCAGCCUAUGAAACGGUACCACCACAGUUAGGGUGGGUCUUUCCCCCGAAGUUAAUCAUCACUGUUUUUAGUAGUUGAUACGUAAGUAACACAGAAUUCAAAAAGCAAAAGGAUGUCUGAUUAAAAACCCUAAUUAUCUGCCUCCCCUCUUCCCCAUCAGUCUCUACUCUCCAUGGAGAUGACUGUCUUGAUCCAUUUCUUCUGCAUGAUUCCAGAAAUACUCUGUGCAAAUAAAGCCUGAAUGAACGAACAUA